UUUUGUGGGGUGAGAAAUAACUGUGUCAUUUUGAGAGCCUGUCUCUCCUUUCUUCUCCUCCUCCUUCAAUCGCCAUUCCUUUCGCUGCACUUCAUCUCCCUUUCUUCUUCUUCUUCUUCUUCUUCCUCUUGUUUUAAAUUCCUUCAAAACGAAAGAAAAAAAAACGAAAACCCUUUCUCUUCCUAUAGCUAUUGAAAUCAUAUUUUUUUUACUUUGUUCGAGUCUCCUUUCCUUUUGUUUAAUCAAUUCCCUUAAAAUAAACAUAACCCACUCUAAACAGUUUUUAAUCUAAACCCAUAAUUUAAUUCUUUUUAUAUUUUCUUUUUGGUUACUUUUAAUCCUUUGUUUUUCCUUGUUUUCUGUUGACCUCUGAUGCUGGUAUGGCCGGUCUUGAUUUAGGCACUGCUUCUCGCUACGUUCAUCAACUUCAAAGACCGGAGCUUCACCUCCAACACCAACCUGAACCUGAAGACCAGGAAGGUUCAAACAACCGUGGAGGUCACUAUGGCUCAGCUGCCCAUAACCAUGAUGAUGACUCUCACCACCACGGCUUAGACCUAGUCAACGCAGCCAACUCAGGUGAGCUUGGAGCCCGUAGGCCAAGGGGCCGUCCUCCAGGUUCCAAGAACAAACCAAAGCCUCCUGUCAUCAUCACACGGGAGAGCGCAAACACCCUCCGAGCUCACAUUCUUGAAGUUGGGAACGGCUGUGAUGUGUUUGAUUGUAUUGCCAACUACGCCCGGAGAAGGCAAAGAGGAAUCUGUAUAUUGAGUGGGAGUGGUACGGUGACCAACGUCAGCAUUAGGCAACCAUCUGCUGCUGGAGCUGUGGUUAACCUUCAUGGCAGAUUUGAGAUACUAUCACUUUCAGGUUCUUUCUUGCCACCACCAGCUCCACCAGGUGCCACCAGUUUGACAAUCUUCUUGGCAGGCGGGCAAGGCCAGGUUGUAGGAGGAAGUGUGGUUGGGGAACUCAUGACGGCUGGACCUGUUAUUGUUAUAGCCUCAUCGUUCACAAAUGUUGCCUAUGAAAGGCUGCCCUUGGAAGAGGAUGACCAACUGCAGGUGCAAAGUGGCGGUGCUGGGAAUAACAUGUUUGCUGAUUCGGGAGCUGGUCCUGGGGGUUUGCCUUUCUUAAACUUGCCACUUAAUAUGCAGCCUAAUGUCCAGUUACCGUUUUGAGAAAUUCAGGUCAAAAUCUUGAUGAGGAAAUUCAAGCUCUGCUGAGAAACAUGAUUCUUGCAUAUAAAGGUCAGGAAAAUUCAUGGAAUCGUCAUGCUUCUUCUUCUUCCUCCUCUGAUAUUAAUGUUAAUUUAGGUUUUUCCUCCUCCUUUUAAUCUUUGUUUUAGUAGUUAUUAUCUUCUUCUUAAUUUUCGGAUGUAUGGGAUCUAAGAUUUCUUGAAAUAGUUCUUCAUUGUUCAUGGUGGUACAAGUAAUUUCUUUUUCUAUUUAAUACUUUAUGUUGUAUAAACCUUUUGUUGAUGAUAUCAAUCAGGGACUGGAUCUCAGUGUUACUAACAGAUCAA